GAUGUGUGAUCUGAUGGACCUGUUGGCUGAGAUUCCAGAUACGACGGUCGCAGUCUCCCAGCAGGACUCUGACACCAUCAUCUCCGUUCCCAAGAGAGAACGGACGGCAGAGGAAGUGGACCACACUCGACAGUUUGGGAAGGAGGUUGUAGACCUACUGAGACAUCAGCCUCACUUCCGUAUGUCCUUCAGCAAAUUCAUCCCCACAUAUCACCACCACUUUGGUCGUCAAUGCAAACUCUCCUACUAUGGCUUUACCAAACUCGUGGAGCUUUUCGAAGCCAUUCCAGAUGUUCUCAUGGUGUUGGAGUGUGGUGAGGAGCGGGUGUUAGCCCUGACGGAGGUGGAGCGUGUUAAAGCGUUAGCAGCUCAGCUGGUGAAGUUGCUUCGAGCCCAGAGAGACUCUGGCCUGCCUGUCCAUCAGCUGCUCUGUGAAUAUAGCAAGACGUUUGGCUACAGCCUCCGUCUGCAGGACUACGAUGCCAGCACUCUGCCCGCUCUGCUCGGCAAACUCUGCCAUGUGGUGAAGGUAGUCGAUGCUCCUGAAGGGAAAGAGGUGCAGCUUAUUAACAGGAAGUCCCUGCGUGCCUUGACGUCUCAGCUGCUGGCUCUUAUGAUGUCACUUCCUGACGAUCGGGAUUAUCUUGAAGUAGAAGAGCUGAGGAAGCAGUACGAGCUCACCUACGACAUGCCGCUGAACCCCUGCGAGUAUGGAUUCAUCUCGCUCGUGGAGCUGCUCAAGAGUCUGCCUUACCUUCUGCAGCUCUCUGUGGAUGAUGAUGAUGCUGUUGCUGAAGAGCGUGUGAAAUUGACGAGGCUUUAUCAGUUUGCCCGUAGUGUCCGUGCCCUGCUGCAUACGUACCACUAUAACCAGAUCUUCCUGUCCGAGUUCUGGGGUGCGUUCAGCAAAUACACCAGCCGAGAGUUUCAGCCACAGGCAUACGGCUAUAAGACGCUUGAUGAGCUGCUGGCUGCCAUUCCACAGGUCGUCUGGAUUAAAGGUCAUGGGCACAAAAAGAUCAUCGUCCUAAAGAACGACAUGAGAGCUCGUGGUAGUCCCGCGGUCACUGUAGACAGCCCUAAUCCUGAUGAGGAGAACCGAGAUGCUCACAGUCCAGCCAGCAGUGAGAUGGAGCUGCUCUGUUUGGGUUCUGGUUCUCCGGUGGAUCUUUUGUGCGCUCCUGUUCCGUCCUGUCUCCCGUCUCCUCAGCUGCGUCCUGACCCAGUACAGCUGCAGCCCAGAGAUCUGAUCCACUUUGAGAUGCAUUCACUUAAUCAGUGUGAACCAGAACCGGUUCACGAUCAGCAGCCCCAGUCUGCCAAAGAUCACCACACACCUGCUGAAAACAGUCCUUCGAGCAAACCCAACGCGAAAACAUGCACCACAGACAGUCCCGGCCGCAGAACAGGGCGCAACAAGGUUAAACUGGCAGCUAAUUUCUCCCUCACACCUGUCCUGUCUGUCUGAAGCCUCGGUGCGAUACACGCGUCAACACGUCACAUGACAUCUGAUCUCAAACAUGGCAAAUAUUUGGUGCCAGUGUAACAUGUUAAGAUGCUCUCGGCACUGCUGUAACAACCUCACAUGCAAUAGAUUGUGGUAUCCUAUAAGGUGAAUUUCUAUGUUUAAAUGUUCUGUUUUCAAACCUUUGAGUUAGCUGGACUGCAGGAUGUCGUGUUCUUGACUCUCAGAAAGGAGCAGACUGUUUGCUGCUUCAGCUCAAGAGGUUUUUAUUAUUAUUAUUAUUAUUAUUAUUAUUAUUAUAAGCUCACUAGUUAUCAGUCAGCUGAUUGGUCGAUCAGCUCUGAGCUGCAGUAACAUCAUGACCCGAUGUGAACAUGAACUGUGAUGGUGAUUCUCAAACGCACUUCCUCUGCAGGAAUCAGGACAAACCUCCAUUACAGUGAAUUUGACCCAUUGUUUCUGCUGAGACGCGCUGAUUUGAGACAUUAUUUGUGUUAUGUAAGCACAUGGGCUCCGUCUAAUGAUGUAGAGAAUGAAUUUGAUGGAAGGUGGAAUUCACUUUAUUCAGAUCAGAGAUCUCGAACGCUCCUUUUGUUUCUGCACAAGCGUCUGUAGGCGUCAGAUGAUCUGAUCUCACAGAUCCUUUUUUUCCUUUUUAAACUCUGUUUCAGAGCAGGAGUCUGUUAUUAAAGCACUCUUGGCUUUUUCCCCUCUUACCUGCUUCAUUAGUGGAAGUUUCCCUCGACACAUGACUUGCAGAAGUCGUCUUAAAUAACUUUCAUAUUCUGAAUGAAGUCCAUGUUUAUUGAAACUCUGCUGAUUAUGGAGGAUAUUCACGCCUGUGGUUUAAGGUUUCACUUUCGUCCAUGUUGAACACAUGCAGGAUAAUGUUGAAUUCUGGGGCCCCACACAUGCUCCGAUUCUAGUCCAGAGCACUUUGUCAAUAUUACAGAUAUUACUUUUGGCCAGAAGUUGGUUUGAAGUUCUAUGCACAUUGUGCAUAAACCCUUGUUUCAAAAGUGGUCGUUUAUGAGUAGCUGCAGAGCUUUACUGCAUUUCUUUUAUGCGUUUUGGCAAAAUGAUGCUAAUGAGAUGAUCUUGAUCUGUGUAGAUGUUCCUCUGGAAUGUCCAAGGUUGUUUGCUUUAACCUUGAGUUUGUGUCUUUGCUGUUUGCCUGAAAAUCAUCCAGAACGUUGAGGUCGUUCAGACUUCAGUGCGACACACAGCUGCUCUCUCGGGCUCUGUGGAUCGAGUCUGGCUUUUACAAUGGCUUGUAUUAGCCAUGGCGCUACCAGAGAGAGAUGCCAGUGCAGUGCUGCUCAUGUUUGACAGGAUUGGUUCAUGAUGAAGUUGUUUUGUGUUGUUAAUAUGUCUUUGGAUCAGACUUCUCCUGCGGCAGUGCAUUGCAUGAGCGGAGAGAUCAGACAUCGGCUGCUUUAAUGGAAAUCGAAACGGUUGGAGGUCGAAGAGAAGCUCUCCUCUAAGCACUCCCAGAUAGUUGCCUUCCGAUUGAUUGACCAUUCACUGGCGUCUCUGAGAACAUGUGCUUUUGAAGAUGUGUCGUCGCACGUCUUGUUUUGGGAGUUUCUGUGCGGGUGAGCGCACCAGUCUCGAGUCUUUGCCCCAGAUGUCUCUCGAUAACCUUUUUACUUUAAUGUUUUCCGAAUCCUUCAAAAUGGUACCAGCUAACUCUGAGGGGAAGUGUCUUUAGCAGAUAAACUGUACAUUAUUGUUUUUUCUAUGCAUGUUUGCAUAACUUAUGCCUCUUGUGGUGUCGGAUGGAGAUGUGAUCUGUAUAUUUAACAUUAUGUGUUGGAUCUACAGCAGAAAUUUGUCUGUACCGAUUGUGAUUUGUACAAUUAUAAUGUUUGUGUUUUGUAAUUCUCUCACGCACAUCAGACAACCACCGUGAAUCCGGAACGCCCCUCGAAAUCUCCUUUAGACUAAAUUAGAUGUAUGACGUGAAGUCACAGAUGCUCUUGCUUUAUGGUUUUAUUCUUCAGAACAUCUCCACCUUGAGAUCCUUUUUAGGAGUUUUAUUUUUGUGGAAUGACCAAAUGAUUUCUGUUAUGUGUAAUAAAUAUCACAA